AUGUCAGUUUCGUUUGAAAUCAAUCCUCGUCUUUUAAUCGAUAUUCCCUGUCAAUUAAAUCUAAAUAUUGAAUCAAUCAAUGGUUAUAAACAAGAACAACUUCUAUCCCUUGAAGAAGCUUGUCAACCGUUGCACAAUAUCCUUGGUACAGAACUUCAACUCUACAUCACUAUUGCCAAACUGAAUUCAAAACAACCUAGACAUGAACUCACUCGAGAUGAAUCAGCAUCUAUCUAUCUAUAUACCAUGGAAUGGAAUCAACCAGAAAAUAGUCAUCAUGUUCUUCUUAAUCAAGCACUCGUUGCUAUCGAUCGAAAGCAACUUCAGUAUUGGUAUAAAUAUUUGAAAUUAUUCUUUACAGCACUCUUCAAACUACCAUAUGCUGAAUAUGAUACUGUCUGGCGUGGCAUUUCUAAAGAUGUGACUGAAUACUACCGAGAAGGAGAUAAAACGACAUGGUGUUCGUUGACCUCUGCAACAUCUUCAUUCAAUAUUCUUCAAUCACCAAUGUAUUUAGGGAGAGAAAAAGUACAAACAAUAUUUCAGAUUAAAACAAGAAAUGGAAAAUCAAUCCGAGAACAUUCACAUCUUGAAAAUGAUAAAGAAAUUCUACUUCUACCUGGAAUUGUUCUUAAAGUGAUGGGAACUUCAAAACAAGGAGAUGGAAUUCAUAUAAUUCAUUUGCAUGAGAUUCCGUUAUAUAAAGAUCAAGAAAUGAAUGAAACGUCUUCAGCUAUAUCAAAUAAUCAAUUAGGUGAAUAUCGAAAUCCACAACUGGAACAAAUAAUCCGAUUAUCCGAAUCACAGAGCGCACUAGUUAUGGAAUCGAUGAAUUUGAAUGAUCGAGAUAUGGAAAUAGUCGUGAGGUUAGGUAUUAUGAAGAAGGAGUAUACGGCACUGAAUCUUAGCCACAACAGAAUCACAUCAAUUGGUGCUUUUAUUUUGACUCAAUCGUUCUACAAUAUGAAAUAUAUUGGAGAACUUAAAUUGUGUGGAAAUCGACUAUUUGAUUCAGGUGUUCAAUGCAUUGCUAGAGGCUUGGCAAACAAGGAACUAGGUCUUAUCGGUCUAUAUUUGGACUCAGUUGGAAUGACAGAUGCAAGCUGUGAGUAUCUCGUAGAGGCGGUUCGAAUUAAUGGACGGAUACGUCACCUUUAUUUAUUUGAUAACAAAAUUAGUGAUUAUGGAGUACAAGUAUUAAUGGAAAUACUCAAAUUUGAUCAGCGUGGUGGCAUACCUGGGCUAGGCUUAUCUGAGAAUAAAUUGAUAACUGAUGCAAGUAUGAAUAGAAUCUGCUCUGCUAUGUUUGCAUAUCCUGAGUUUCGAAAAAUACAUCUACGUAACUGUAGUCUUUCCAUGGCAGCUAUAGGGCGACUUCAAUUAGCAGUGCAACAGCGAGGUUCAUUUUCCCUUUAUGUGUAA